AUAUUUUAAAGUAUUAAAUAUAUUAUAUUUAAAAAUAAUAUAGUAAAAUUAUUCAUAUUAUUUAUUAUUUAGUUUAUUCGUUUCAUUUUAAUUGAUCAUUUUAUUAAAUCUAAAUGUCUUAUAUUAAUUUAUUAUUUUUUAAAUUAGGAUAAAAUUAAUUAAUUUUUAAUUUUAUUUCUUUGUGUUAAAUAAAAUGUGUGUAAGUAAGUUAAAACAAAUUUAAACUAUAUAUAAAGGUAAACAAAGAGGCUGUAAAAAACAAAAACAAAAAGAAAAAUCUUAGAGAGAGAAAGUGGAUAGAGAGAGAAUGAAAGGAGGGAAAAGAAAAAACUCAAGCCUCCCGUCGGACGCCGCCAGCUCCGCCGGCAGCUGUAGCCGUGACAUCCGUGAAUCGGACUUAGCCGGAGAAGCUGUUAAACAUCUCGAACCUUAUGAAAACGCCGGCGCCGGCGAGGAGGAGCCUCUGUCUCCGGUGGCCGGAGAAGAAGAGGAAGAGGAAGAUAAGAAUGAAGAGUCUGAUGAGAUUCCGGUUGAAGAAGGAAGUGUGGAUGGCGAUGUGGAUGGUGAUGGUGAUGCUGAGAAUGUAAAACCUAAACUUGCUGAAGGUUUUUACGAAAUUGAAGCUGUUAGGAGAAAGAGAACUAGAAAGGGUCAAGUUCAGUAUCUGAUAAAAUGGCGUGGCUGGCCGGAGACGGCAAAUACAUGGGAACCUGUGAAAAAUCUGAUGUCCUGUUCUGAUGUUAUUGAUGCGUUUGAAGAGAGCUUGAAACAACGAUCAACACGCAAGCGUAAGCGGAAGGUAGGGGCUACACAAACUCAACCCAAGAAAAAGCAACAGCAGCAGCAAUGUUCACCUGCAGCUGCUACAUAUAAUGUGCCAGCAGUGAAGGUUAGAAUAAUUGAGGAGCCUACACCCUCACCUCCUUUGAAUGGUUUGAAGGCUACGAAUCGUGCGAACAGUAAUGGUAGUGACUUGAACAGCAAAGUAGACAAAGUGGUGAAUGGAAAUGGUUUGGGAUUGAGUCCCUCUUUAGAAGAAAAUGGAGAACAAAAUGAGUUGAAUUUGAAGCUGAGUGAAUUAAAAGGAGUAACGUCAACCAAUGAGAACCCUCUGGAGGGUAAUGGUCUGUCUAAUGGAUUUCCAAAGGCUAAUGGUGCAGAAGCCUAUCAAUCUGAUCGUUGCAUUGGAGCUAAAAAGAGGAAAUCUGGCUCAGUUCGGAGAUUUAAACAGGAUACUACCCCAGCUGUGAUGGAUGAUAUCCAAGAUGCUUUAGCAGGUGGUCUGUUGGCUACUUUUGCGCAGGAAGGAAGUCAUAAUCAUGACAUUGUGAGCGGCGACUUGGUUUGUAGAAACCAGUCUGAUGGUUCCAAAGAUGCGUAUACCAUCACGGAACUUGUCAAGCCUAUCGGCUAUGCAGCAUCCUUAUUCAAUGAUAUGCAGGAGGAUGUCUCAGUAACCUUUCUUGCCAAGAGGUCAGAUGGAAAGGAAACCCUGGUGGAUAACAAAUUUCUGAAGAUGAAUAAUCCACUUCUGCUGAUAAAUUUCUACGAGCAGAAUUUGCGAUACAAUCCCUCUUCAUGAGUUGGCUGCAGUGAAGGAAAUAUAUAUGUGGCUUGAUUAGCAUAAUCUCUUGCUUGUCUUAUGUAUAAAAUGUUGUAACUUCUUUGUUGUUGCAAGCUAGGGUAUUAACCUCUAUUAAGUUUAUUAGAAAAGCUAGUAAAUAGCAAUGCUAGAAUAUAUAUUAUAUAUUAUGGGAAACUUGUAGUAGGUUUUAAUGUUUCGCUACACAUACUAUGAGAAACUUGUAUCAGGUUUUACUGUUUUGCAAUAUAAUAUUCUUCAGAAUUCUA